AUGCGAAAUCGUUACUCCAGCAAUAGGGACCACCCAGUUGAGUGCUACCAAGACUACGAGUGGGAUGGGAAGCUUUUCCUUAUGUCCUAUGUCACCGGAUUUUAUGAUAAGUGGAUGAACGCCUAUGCCCCGCCUGACUACACCGCGCGGGGUGAUUUGGUUGGCCUUAUAGAGGUGCUGCUUCCGGCUAUGACAGCUGCUUUUGACGGACCGCCACGUGCUCCACCUCCACAUAUCUAUCCGCCUAUUCGAGCCCGCAUGCGAAGGAAUCGCUGCGACAUGGAGCCACAUGUCUCCCGUGUUCCUAAGAGAAUGAGACUCGGGAUACGCAUUUCAGCCCCUCUAAGAAUCGACAGAGAGGUCGAUGGGAUGCUCGGGAUAGUACCUCCACCCGUAGGUGUCGAGGAAGAAAGUGAGGAAGAGGAUCCAGAGGAGGAUCUCGAGGAGGAGGAACCCGAGGAGGAGGAGAACCCAAAUAGAGAGAGCAUUGGAGAGACCGGGGAGACGAAGGAGGAUGAGGAUGAAAAAGAUUAA